CCCAUUCAACCUCCAAUUCCAACCCGCCGCCGCCCACGACUCUUCCACCCCUCUCCUCCGUUUCAAUCCCACGAGAGCGAGAGGUCAAUCAAAGCCGUGCCGGGUGCGAGGAAGGAACCCAAACGAGGGAGGCGGCCGGGACGGCGAUGGAGAACGGCAACCACGGCGGACAGGGGCAGUACCCGCCGUACCAGAACCCGUACCCGCAGCCGCAGCCGUACCCCUACGGGUACCAGUACCCGCCGCCAUCCGCCGCUCCGGCCGCGCCCUACCUCGCGCCGCCGCCACCCCCGGCACAGCAGUACCACUCCGGCCCGCUCCGGCCCUACCCGCCACCGCCGGCGCACGCCUACCCGCCGACGCAGCAUCCCUCGCCUUACGGCCACGGGUACGACCCUUACCCCUCAUCGUAUCCCUCCUACCCGAGCGCCAGCCCGAGCCCGGCGCUCUCCCCGAGCUCCAGCUUCCACCACCACCACGCCUCUGCGCCCGAGCCCCCCUCCCCCGCGCCCUCUGCGCCGUCGUACCCCAUCGCGGAUGUCCUCGCCACCAUGCGCCUUUCCGACCGCUACGACUACGCGUCGUCGCCCUCCGUGCCACCGCCUUCGACCCCCUUCUCGGGCGGCGGGAGCAGCCACGGCGGCGGGAUGCAGGUGGUGCCCUACGGCGCGGCCUCGGGGGGAGGGGGGUCGCAGCACGGCAGCGUGAGGGCGUCGCUGAAGGUGGUGCUGCUCCACGGCAGCCUCGACAUCUGGGUGCACGACGCGCGGAGCUUGCCCAACAAGGACAUGUUCUCCAAGACGGUCGGCGACCUCCUCAGCCCGCACAUCACCGGCGCUGUCAGCCACAAGAUGUCCAACGCCUCGAUGACCAGCGACCCGUACGUCACCGUCCAGGUCUCCUACGCCACUGUCGCGAGGACGUACGUUGUCCCCAAUAACGAGAAUCCUGUCUGGGCGCAGAACUUCGUCGUGCCCGUCGGGCAUGAGGCGGCCGAGGUCCAGUUCGUCGUCAAGGACAGUGAUGUCUUCGGUGCUCAGAUCAUUGGUGCGGUGUCCACCCCUGCCGAGAAGCUUCUGUCUGGGGACAGGAUUGAGGGUGUCUACCCCGUACUCGAGCCCAAUGGCAAGCCGUGCGCUCCAGGUGCCGUGCUGCGUCUGUCCAUACAGUUCAUCCCGGUGGCUCGCCUCACAACGUACCACCAUGGCGUCGUUGCUGGUCCGGACUGUCACGGUGUGCCACACACUUACUUCCCGCUGCGGCGUGGCAUGAAGGUGACCCUGUAUCAGGAUGCACAUGUUCCCGAUGGUUGCCUCCCAGACAUAUGGCUUGACCAUGGAGUGCGCUACCAGCAUGGGCAGUGCUGGCGCGACAUCUUUGAUGCCAUAUGCCAGGCAAGGAAGUUGAUUUACAUUGUGGGGUGGUCAGUUUUCCACACAAUCCACCUCAUGAGAGAUGGGGCUCAAAUUCCCUCACUUGGGGACCUGUUGAAGAUGAAGUCACAGGAAGGGGUGCGGGUGCUGCUUCUUGUUUGGGAUGAUCCAACAUCAAGGAACAUUCUUGGGUUUAAGACGGAUGGUUUCAUGGGCACUCAAGACGAGGUGACACGCAGAUUUUUCAAGCAUUCUUCAGUUCAAGUAUUGCUUUGCCCACGAUCUGCUGGGAAGCGACACAGCUGGGUGAAACAGCAGGAAACAGGAACCAUUUUUACUCAUCAUCAGAAAACAGUUAUUGUGGAUGCUGAUGCUGGCAAUUAUAGGAGAAAGAUAAUUGCUUUUGUCGGAGGCCUUGAUUUAUGUGGUGGGCGAUAUGAUACACCUUGGCAUCCUCUGUUUCGGAGUCUUCAGACUGUGCACAAGGAGGAUUAUCACAAUCCCAACUUUGCUACAGUUGAUGCCCGUGGCCCAAGGGAACCGUGGCACGACUUGCAUUCCAAGAUUGACGGUCCUGCUGCUUAUGAUGUUCUGCAAAACUUUCAGGAGCGUUGGUUAAAGGCGGCCAAACGCCAUGGGAUUAAAAAGUUGGCAAAAUCGUAUGAUGAUGCUCUGCUCAGUAUUGAAAGAAUUCCAGAGAUUAUAAACACAAAUGAUGCAAUAUAUUUUAGUGACAAUGAUCCAGAGACAUGGCAUGUUCAGGUGUUUCGAUCUAUUGAUUCAAACUCUGCCAAGGGAUUUCCAAAGGACCCACGAGAAGCAACCAGGAAGAACCUUAUUUGUGGGAAGAAUGUACUUAUUGACAUGAGCAUACAUACAGCUUAUGUGCAUGCUAUCCGGGCAGCCCAACAUUUUAUUUAUAUUGAGAAUCAGUACUUCAUUGGUUCUUCAUUUAAUUGGGAUUCAAACAAGGAUGUCGGUGCAAACAAUUUAAUACCAAUUGAAAUUGCUCUCAAAAUUGCAAACAAGAUCAAGGCAAAUGAAAGGUUUUCUGCAUACAUAGUAAUUCCUAUGUGGCCUGAGGGUAAUCCAACAGGUGCUACUACACAAAGAAUUCUGUACUGGCAGAACAAAACCAUGCAAAUGAUGUACGGGACGAUAUAUACGGCCUUGAAAGAAGUAGGCCUGGAUGAUUUAUACGAGCCUCAGGAUUAUUUAAACUUCUUUUGCCUUGGCAAUCGUGAAAUUGCUGACAGCACUAGCACUUCAAAGGCGUCACAUACAGCAAAUAAUCCUCAAGAACAAGCUAGGAAAAAUAGGAGAUUCAUGGUAUAUGUACAUUCGAAAGGCAUGAUUGUGGAUGAUGAGUACGUGAUCAUUGGAUCAGCUAACAUUAACCAGAGAUCCAUGGAAGGAAUAAGAGAUACUGAGAUUGCGAUGGGAGCAUAUCAGCCACAGUAUACAUGGGAGAAUAAGAUCUCUGCUCCCCGUGGACAGAUAUAUGGCUACAGAAUGUCACUCUGGGCUGAACAUAUUGGAGCUAUUGAGGAAGACUUUAACCAUCCAGAGAGCCUUGAAUGCAUGAGGCGGGUUCGGAAUAUUGGCGAAGAGAACUGGAAGCAGUUCAUUGCUGAUGAGGUGACAGAGAUGAGAGGCCACCUCCUGAAGUAUCCUAUAAGUGUUGACCGUAAAGGCAAGGUGAAGCCGUUGCCUGAAUGCCCAACAUUCCCAGAUUUUGGCGGGAACAUUUGUGGCUCAUUUCUGGCCAUCCAGGAAAACCUCACAAUAUGAAUUUUCUCUGUGCAAUUAUAAGUAUUGCAAGUGACUUCUGGGGUAUGCUGGAGAACAGGGAUAGUGAGUAGCUUAUGCUAUUCCUUGAGGGCAUGGAUAGGUUGAAAAUUUUGCAAGCGAUAUAGGUUGCAUGCAAAUAGGGGAACUACUAACAGGGCAUUCUUUUUUCUUCUCCUUUUUGUACUUUUUCUUCCUUGUUGUAUCUAGUGCAUAUACCUAGUAUAUUAAUUUGUUACCUGUAUCCGGUCCCUGUACAGAAAAAUUAAUGAGGUUUCAUGCCAGAUCCCUCUGAGAGAUAUGGCAUUUGUAGCAACUGACAAGAGGUAUUUUUCUAUUCCACGUAAAUCCUGGAAAAUUAGUGUCUGCAGUGUAAAUGGAUCCUGCGGAGUAUUUUGAAGUAUCGUUGGUAGAAUCACUUUUCGGUAUUUGAUGAAA